AUGAUGACCCGAACGCCACCCACGAAAAAGCCGGUCACAAGGAUAAUCUCCGAGCCACAGCCAAGCAAGGCGGCCGAUGAGUCCCGCUCAUCGCCAACCCCCACGGUCUCUGCGCCAACGAUUCCCUACAAUUCCAUUGUGGCUGGCGUGAAGUGCUCGUCGGCGAGUGAGCUAAGCGAACGCGCAAUCACCGAGGUCUCGGCCGAGCCGAUUGCACCUGCGAUCCAGAUCUCUACUACCGAAUACCCGACGAUUAAUGAGAAUUUGCCGCCGCCAGCUCCUUCUGUUGCCCCGAAGGCGCCUAUCGCGCCGCCUCCGGUCGUUGCGGAACCAGAACUCCUCACCGUGGCCACGAAUCAAGGGCGCGAAGUCAACGAUCUCCGUGCCGUCGAUGGCGUUAUUAUCCAAGCGUUGUCACGGAUGGGGAGUCAAGCCAACUCGUUGCCCACAAUGUCUUCUCCAUCGGUGUCCGACGAGGUGACUGGGUUCACCAGCGCUCCGCCGCCUCCUCCCCCUCCGCCCCCUAAGCCGCCAGCCGCAAGUGUACAAGUCGAUGAUGACAUGAGACCGGAAAUGGCGCUCUCUCCCAAGGCUCCCGAACCAGUGAAACAAAAACGCCUCCGUAUUCCACCACCGGAGAGAGCGGCCAUUGAUCGCGUUUUGGGUCGUUCUACCGAGUCGAAGCCGGAGCGGACAGAGAACUUGAAGGCCCGCCUGCAUCAGAUUACUCCUUCAUUGGGCGCGUGUCCGCUUGGCCCUGGCUCGCUCACCGAGGGCUUGGUCCUGCAGCUAAAGGCGAUCGAAGCUCAGAUGGCCCGCCGGCCGAUUCAAUUCGAUUGGAACAAGUCAACGCCCCAAUUUUCCUCGCGGCCAACGACCAUCCCGACGUACUUCCCGUCUGCUCCGCCGCAUGUGUCCAGCUCCCCUGAAUAUUUCGAUCGUCUCGCGCCGGAGACGCUGUUCUUCCUCUUUUACUACUCGGAGGGCACAGAAGCGCAGCUGCUAUCGGCGAGGGCGUUGAAGAAGGCUUCAUGGCGGUUUCACUAUGGCUACCACACGUGGUUCCAGCGCAAAACCACACCUCACGAAAUCACGGACACGUUUGAAAAGGGUACGUACAUCUACUGGGACUGCGAGGCAUGGAACUACGGGCAGCGCGAGGACUUUUGCUUUGAGACGCGAUCAACACCCGAGGUGCUGAAGAAGGUGCCGUCGAAGACUUGCUCGGUCGACUCGAACAUCGCGCCCGACAAGAAGACGCAGAGGGCCAAGGGAAAAUCCGGAAAGAAGGACAGAAAAGAAACACCGGAGAAGAAAGAAACACUGGAGAAGAAAGAAGCGCCGGAGAAGAAAAAGAAAGAGUUGUUCUGCGCGACGAUCGCCGUCACUGGAAGCAAGGCCGACGUGCUGGCGUCGACGACCGACUUCAUUCGGUCUACGAAGUGCCUGGGCAUCGACAACUUGUGCAAGCAGUUCGAAGAGCUGAAGACCUACGUGCCGGCCAACCCAGCGGCCACGGCGUUUGAAGCGAACCGCGUCAAGAACCGCUACAUGGACAUCCCCUGCCUCGACGAGACGCGCGUCAAGCUCACCAUUGAAGAUAAGGAGCGCGAAGGCGAUUACAUCCACGCCAAUUGGUGCAAGAUACCAGACGGGCCGACGUUCAUCGCUGCCCAGGCGCCGCUCGACACCACCAUCGGCGAUUUCUGGCGCAUGUGCUGGGAGCAUGAAGUCGUCAACAUAGUCCAACUGACGAAGUUGCAGGAGGGCGACAAGAUCAAGUGCUCGGCGUACUGGCCCACCGAACCCGGCGAUCACAUGAACCCGUCCGGCUGGUUCGUCAACAACAAGAAGAAGGAGGACAAGGGCGGCUUCAACACGCUGACCAUCGAGCUGCUGCCGAACGGCUGCUCGAACAGUCGGAUGUUGCGCAUCAUCCAGUGCCUCGAUUGGCCGGACAAGGGCGUGCCGGCUGGCCACCGGGAGAUCCUCCGCCUUCUCCGCGUCGUCGCCGACGGUGACGUGCUCAAUCCGGGACAGACGUUGAUGCACUGCUCGGCGGGCAUAGGCCGCACCGGCAGCCUGAUCCUCACCAGCUGGGCCCUCUCCAGGCUUUACGCCGGCAAGCGCAUCGACAUGAAGCAGUUGCUGCAAACACUGCGCGACCAGCGAGCGCUCGCCGUCCAGAGCACCAGCCAAUAUCUAUUGGUGUUCCUCAGCUGCGUCGAAUACAUCACGAAGAAGGGCACGGUGCCGGCGAGCGACACGGCCACCCUGAUCACGGACCUGCGCAACGCCAUGAACGCGAUGCAGACGCUGCCGGCCACCAGCCAC